ACACCCAGAUUCCAAGAAUUAGUAGCUAGUUAUAGAAAAUAAGGUAAGAAGGGAAUAAAAUGGCUUCUGCACCUGCCUACAACUAUGAAGAUUUGGAUAAUAAUCUCAAAUGUGAACUCCUGAAUGAGCCUCAAACUGAUACUCUUAUCCUUCAUUUAAAAAGGCGCUUUCAGACAAAGAAUAUUGUAUUAACAACCCAUGAAGGAGGAUACAUGGUGAUCAGCGGACAUGCCCAGGGCGAGGGCAACAAGUGGAUCCGGUUUAGGAAAAUAUUCACGCUCCCUUCCAAUUCUAAUUACGACUUAUCAGAUUUGGAAAAAAUUAUUGGGAUAUUAGAUUAUACUGAAACCAUUCUUAAUAUAAUGCUAACCAAACUUCCCAAAAAUAAUGUGAAUGAGACAUUACAAAAUGGUCAAGUCAAAUUAUGGCCGCCGAAAAACCAUCUAAUUCGUGUCAUGGUCGGGCUGUUCACUCAUUUCCCCUCCAUUAAUUCAUUACCACUCUUAGGUAAUUGUUACCUUGAUAUUGAUCCAAAGUGUGAAUGGAAGGAUGAUGGUACUCUUCAACUUCAUUUACCAGGUUUCACAAAUGAGCAGUUAAGCAUUUAUAUAACAGAAUGUAGGCAGUUUAUGUGGAUUAGCGGACACAAGCCGUGUGAAAAGGGUCGCCAUGAUUGGACCCGCUUUUCUAAGCAAUUCCAUAUUAUACCUACCGACAAUGACAACGACGAUGACAAUUGGCCCGAUGUAGAUUACAAACCCGGCUAUGUGCACGUAAAGAAACCAAAACUCUCCAUCUAGCUAUGGCACCGCCGGGGAUGAUGAGAAAAGAGAGAAUGAGGAUACGGUUGAUUAAAAUAAUAAUGGUGGCUGGCUGUGACAAUAACGAAACUUAUGAUGAGCUAUAGAUAUGAACUGAAGAUGAAUGAUGAAUGUCCUGGGGGAGGGUCUCUUAUUAGUUCUCUUCAGUUUCUAUUUCACGGUGUAUUCCAUACCCUACUUAAAUAUGUUUAUAUCUUAAUGGUACAAUCUCAUAUAUGCUUCAUGUGCUCAAAAUUGUAUAAGUA